AAUACAGAGAAAGUUGUCUCAUAAAAAAUAUAAUUUUUAAUAUUUUAAUAUCUAAAAUAAUAAUUGUUGUCUAAACUAACCAUGUUGAAAUUAGUUUAUUUAACGUUAAUCAUAUCCGCUGUCUCGGCCAACAUCGACUUCAAAGACUGCGGAAACUCUGAAAUGAUCAAGAUUGAAAUCAAUGGCUGUUCAGGCAGUCCUUGCGUUAUCCAUAAGGGAGUGGAAACCUUAUUUACAUUUACAUACAAAGCGAACCAAGCUAGUGUUAAGGCAAUCUGGAAUCUGCACGCCAUAGUUGGCGGUCAGGAUAUAGACAUGGCUACAAUGGUGCCCGGCUUUGACCCUAAUGGUUGUCACACCACUCCCUGUCCCAUUGCGAAGGGUGAGGUUAAAAAGUUGGUUUACAAGUCUACUAUUCCGGAAUAUGUGCCUAAUGUGGACACCCUAUUCAAGCCCAGACUUAUCGGCGAUAAUGGAGACCUGUUUUGCGCUACAUUUGAGGCAAUCUUAAAGGCAUAA